AUGUCUUGCGUCUCACUCAUCCUGACGCCAGACGUGCUUUUGAGCGUCCGGGAAUUCUGGUUCGAGCACUUGUCAGGCCCAGAUGGUCUCGUCAUGCCCAGCACAGAAGAGAACAAGAAAUGGUUCUUUGGCGGACCAGACUUUGACAAGCUAUGCGUUGAGCGCUUCGCGCCUACGCUAGAAGCCAUCCGCAAAGGGGGCAUCAAGUCCGGCCACGACAUCAUCUACGCCUUGCAACCCAGAGACGCCCACGACUGGCUCAGCCUAGUCCUUCUGCUAGACCAGAUCCCGCGCAACUGCUACCGCGGCGACAGCUCGCCCAUCGUCUUCAACUACUUCGACUCCAUGGCCCGUGACAUCGCAUUGGAGGCACUACAGCGCGGCAUCCCCGACGAGUGGCCCGAGAUUCGCUGGAGGUUCGCCUGCCGCAGCUGGUUCUACGUGCCGCUGAUGCACUCGGAGGACGUCGGUCUGCACGAGCUGGCGGUGCAAAAGUACCAGGGCUUCGCCCGCGAUGUCGAGAGCCUGCUGCUCCCCGACACCCACGGCAGCGGCGACGAGUCCGACGUCGCCCACGAGUACCGGAUCGCGGCGCAGAGGGUCCUGCAGGCCAAUCCCGAGGCGGCCAGGGAGUACGGCCAGCUAAACCUGGGCUUCGAGAAGAGGCAUUGGGCGAUUAUCAAGCGGUUCGGACGGUAUCCGCACCGGAAUCGGGUCUUGGGGCGGGAGACGACGGACGAGGAGCGCGAGUAUCUGGAGAAUGGGGGAGACACGUUUGGCGGGUGA